GCGCUCUCACGGCAGCGCGCGGCGGCGGCCGGUUCGGCGGGUCCGGCCCCAAAGAAAAGGGGGGAGCGAGCGGCCUCCCCGCCCCUCGCCGCGGCCUCCGGGCCCGCACCCCGCCCCCAGACACCCCGCACAGCCCGAGCGAGCGGCGGCGAGGAGAAAGGGAAGGCGGCGGCAGGCAGGGCAGGCAGCCGCUUCCACCACCACCCCCCCCCCCCCCGCCGGCACCAGCGCCGCCUCCCCUCGCCCCGCCGGCAGCGGGAGAAGAACGGGAGGGUUUUUAUUUUAUUUUUUGUUAAAUAUUUUAUUUAUUUCGCCUGGGCCGCGGAGGGCCCGGCCGGUGCCAGCUCGGCCUCGGGGAUCGCCUCCCCCCCCCCCGCCCUCCGCCACCACCCCCCUUCCCGGUCCCCCGCACGGAGCACUCGGAAGCGCAGCCGGAGUUCCCGUGGGCACCGCCGGGGCGAGCGGCGGAGCGGGCCCCGCUCCCUCCUUUGUCCGCUCCCCGCCCGCUCCCGCCUCGCCCCCCGGCACCGACCGCCGCUCCCCCCGCAGUUCGGCGGAUGGACCCGCAGCCCGGCGCCAGGAGCUGCAGCCGCGGGGCUCCCGCUUGCGAGGCGCUCCCGAACGAGCCCCCCAUGAACCUCUACAUCAACACCACCACCGGGACCCGCUAUGAGCUCUCCGUGCCCGCCGAGGAGACGGUGGAGGGGCUGAAGCGGCGGCUGUCCCAGCGGCUCAAGGUGCCCAAGGAGCGGCUGGCGCUGCUGCACAAAGAGAGCCGCCUCAGCUCUGGAAAACUGCAGGACCUGGGGGUCGUGGAAGGAAGCAAGCUGACACUGGUGCCCACCGUGGAGGCCGGUUUAAUGUCCCAGGCGUCCAGGCCAGAACAGUCGGUGAUGCAAGCUCUGGAAAGCUUAACUGAAACUCAGGUCAACGACUUCUUGUCGGGCCGGUCCCCGCUGACCCUGGCCCUGCGCGUGGGCGACCAUAUGAUGUUCGUGCAGCUCCAGCUGGCAGCUCAGCAGAGCAGCGGGCAGCUCCAGCACCGGCACGUCAUCGCCAGCCGCGGCGAGGCGGGGGCCGCCGCCAGCCCCCACUGCCGGACGCUGCACGGCAGCACCGGCUCCGGUUUCGCCCGUAUCCCCGUGGUGCCAGCCUGCCAGCAGAGCCCGGCCCCCAGCCCCUCCGCCCCCGCCGCGCCAGCCCCCCCCAUGUACUGUAACGCCCCCCACCCCGCUCCCGUCACCGCCGGGAUGUUCCGGUCGCACGGGGCCAGCGCGCAGACGGUGAACAGCAGCGUGGUCUCCUCCUGCUCUGAGGUGGAGUGCGGCACCCGCAGCGGCAGCUCCCCGGGGGGCAGCCCUGCCCCCACGGCCCGGUCCCGCAAACCCGGCGCCGUCAUCGAGAGCUUCGUCAACCACGCGCCUGGGGUCUUCUCAGGGACCUUCUCCGGCACUUUGCACCCCAACUGCCAGGACAGCAGCGGGCGGCCGCGGCGGGACAUCGGCACCAUCCUGCAGAUCCUGAACGACCUCCUCAGCGCCACGCGACACUACCAGGGCAUGCCCCAGUCCCUGACGCAGCUCCGCUGCCAGACGCAGUUCUCUUCCUCCUCCUCCUCCUCCUCCUCCUCUUCCUCCUCGCCCCCCGCCUCCCCGGACCUCGCCACCAAAACUACCUCAGAGCCGCUGCCGGCGGCCGCGGCCUCCCCGCCCCUGCACCCCGUCGUCCAGUGCCAAAGCCAGAUCCGGAUGUGCAAGCCCAGCGGGGACCGCUUGCGGCAGACGGAGAACCGGGCGACGCGGUGCAAGGUGGAGCGGCUGCAGCUGCUGAUGCAGCAGAAGCGGCUGCGCCGGAAGGCUCGCCGGGACGCCCGCGGGCCCUACCACUGGCUGCCCAACCGCAAGGCCGCCCGCACCAACAGCAACAGCAGCGUCUCCAGCGAGGGCAGCCUGGACCUCGACUUCGAGGACUCGGUCUGGAAGCCGGAGGUCAAGGCGGACAUGAAAUCCGAGUUUGUCGUAGCAUAGAAGCCGUGCCCCCGGGGGCGGGGAGGGGGUGUGGGGGGGUGGGGUGUAGGGGGGGGGCGUUUUGGGGGUUUUUGAGGG